CGUGACUGGUAAGAGAAGUACCAAAACAAAUAUGGCGCUGUCACGGAGAAUAUUUCCACCCGGCCCAAGUGAAGAUUGAAUAUAAUGUUGGUGUGGUAGAGAUUUCACUGGAUUCAGUCUCAUUAAUGAUGACGCCUCCUACAACAUGAUGUAGGUUUACCUUAUUUCACAUUGACCUAGGUAAACACUUCUAUAAUCCGUUAUAAUGGCCAGCCUGGAUUCAAGUCAAUAUUAUCAGGGGGAUGCAGUAGGCAAGCAACCCUCAAAGGCAAGCAAUCAGUUUGGUAGAAAAAGAUUUUUGCGUAGAUCUGAUGAAAUAGAUGAAGGAGUGCCACCUGGUGAUGAGCAGUGUUCCAGUUUUCCAGACCUGGUUAACAUGGCCAGCUCACAGGAACAUGUACCAAUAUUCAGUGAUUUCAGAAGCAAUGAGGAUCAGCUACCAGACCUGGUCAGUCCAGUCACGUCUCCGAGGAUAGAUCAUCCAGUCAAUAUACCUUUGAAUGGUGGUAUCUUAAAACAGGACAGUGAACCAAGGGAGUCAACUAUACAAGACAGAGCUACAUCUGGUAUAUUAAAAAGGAAUCCCACAGCACUAGACAAAGCUACUGAAUCUCAACAAGGUGCUUACAACAGAAGUGUCAGUUUUCAAGACAUAGAAAAUUCAGAGGAUGAUAAUCCCAAUGAAGACGAGGCAAAAACUCGUCGUCGAAGUUAUAAAGACUCGGGGUAUGGAUCCGAUGGAAGUAAGAACAAUUCCAUGGGCUCACAGAACCAUGAGGGAGAGGUAUUUGAUGUGGAAGAACACACCAUGAAGGUCCUCCAGCAAAAAAUGAAUUUCAACCCAAAUUGUGACGUUUUACCAAACCUUAGUAUCAUGUCAUCAGAGACACCAACCAACUCUCUACCCUCUUCUUCUAGUGGGGAAAGUGCCUCUACUGUCUCAGGAGGCAUUAAACAUCAACCGGAAUGUGAAAUUCAGUCAUCACACACCUCAAAGGAAGGGGCAAAUAUGCCAUUUCUCUCUGUGUUAGGUGAUGAGGAAAGAGAGGAGAGUUUUGCUGGCAAUAUUCCAUUUGUAAGUAUGUUAUCAUUCAAAGAUGACAUGAAUUAUAUCAAUAAGAAUGGCAGUAUGCCGAGCAAUGUAAGUGCUAGUACAGGCAAUGACAGUAGUGUGUGCCUUCCUAGUGACAUUUCUGGUAUGCCUGAUCCAAGCUAUCAAACCCCAUCUUAUCAUCAUGUUGUUAGUAAAUACUUAAGUGAUAUUCAGAAUUCCUCUGACAACAUGGAGUCACAGGCACCCAGGUCUAGUGAAGAGGCAGAAGCACUUCCCAGAUCUCCAUUUAGUAUGCUCAUACAGAUGAUACAGAAUGACAAGUCCCUACUAGAGAAGCAUCUGGAGGAUCCAUUGGAGUUUCUUAAGUUUCUGGAAUCCUUAAAGUUGUCACCAAACAUGCCAUCACCAUACCAGCAACCCAACUCGGCCACAGGAACUGGAAGAUCACAGCAACAUAAUGAGUCUGCCAUUGACCUGGAGUACAUUUCCCGGUGCCGGGACAGUUCCUGUUCUGACCCCAAAUGUAACAAGGUGCGUGAGGCUGUCAUUGGUCUGACUCAGGCACUGGCUGGCCGCUGGUCACUGGAGUGUAAUAAAACCAUCCAACAGGUGGGCCAGGCCCUCUACCAUCACACACGCAGCUGUGGUCAGCAUCUGUACAAGUGUGGCAUACCUAUGUGUCACCUCUUACGCAGUUUUACCAGCGGUAUUGAGGAAGUGUCCCAGUUCCUGAUUUGCCAGACUUUGCCAUGCCUUAGUCUUGGCCAAAGGUUUUACGAGUUUCCAGCCAAGGGAGAGUUCAUACAGCUUACGGCGACUGGCUCCAAUGAUGUUCUCCCUAGUCCUGAUGUGAUCCUCAUCACUACAUUUGGUAGCUAUGGCAAUGUGGCUCUGUUCACUGAAGAGGAGGACACCCUAGUGGAGAGUAAAGACCUGAUACUGAAGCGUAUUUUGAAGAAUGAUCAUGGUAGAAAUAACUUAGCAGAGGUGUACAGGAAGCUGAUUGGUGGUGGGCACCACCACAUCAUUCCCCACAUGUGGCUCUACAACACCACUGACUACUUAUACGUGUGUACAGACUUUAUGUGUGGUGGCACACUGGCAGAGUACCAAGACUUCCACAUUUUUCUGCAGCUAGAUGAAGCUACGUUUAUAAUGCAGCAGUUACUCAGUGCUGUGACAUUCCUUCAUGAAAAGCGAAUCAUUUACUUGUACUGGACAGCCUCAAAUGUACUAUUUAAGGAUACAAGUCGCAACCAAGUGUACCUGUCCAAUCUGUCCAUGUCACUCAUCAGUAAUGACAAAGUUGAUGUGGCAUUCCACAAGAGCUCACUUCCCGCAUGUAUUGUACCCCCUGAGAUUGUGACAAGUGAUGGUUACAUGAACCUACAGGAGAGAUCAGAUGUGUGGGGAGCUGGUUGUCUAUAUGCGGAGAUGCUGACUGGCAAGCAGAUGUGGCAGCACUUGCGACAUUCAAGUAGGGAGGCUGUAUUUAAGGAGAUGAUGGGUGGUGUGGACAACAUGAUUUGUGCAACCAAGGACACAGUACCACCUCACCUCAAAAGUCUGUUGGCUGACCACUGUUGGCAGCACAAUGUAGAAAACAGAAUAACCGUGGCAGCUCUGCAGGACAAAUUGGCUCAAUUACUCCAUCCUAUGUAGCAUGAACUUUCAGCUUAUCAAACCCCAUCCUACAUAACAUUGACUACCAUCUCACUUCAUACAUCCUCAACUACCAUUGAUAUUGAUGUGUCGGGUACGGAACAAUCUGACAAGGACACUGCCUUAGAUAAAGAGAGGAAAUUCAUCCCCAGUGACACAUCAGCUAUUAUAGAGACGUAGAAGACAUAUGCUGGACAUAUGAAAAGCCACCAGAAGGAAAUGUGCCAUGUAUUUAACUGAAUUUUUAUGUAUCAGAAUGUAUUUUUAAAUUUGUUAGAUAUGUCUAUAUGACUUUUCUAAGGCAUUUCGUGUUUUAGUAAAAUAAAACUGAUAUUAUAUGUUGUAAGAGAUAAAGAAUGUAUGUUUUUUAUGGACUUUCUAGGUGAUUAACAUUAAUGCAUAAAUGGCAUUUAUAUUUAUCUUGUUAAUGGUAAUAUGUUAAUUACUAAUACUUCAUGAAGUGCUUUUACCAAUCAACUCCUGCUUCUACACGCAUGCUUUCUUGUUAUGUACUUGGUGCCCUACCUGUUAAUUGUUAUGGUCAUGUCUCUGAAUGUCCUGCAUACCUGUCAACUCUUGAUAUUGUCCCGAGUCUCUCAUCGCCAUUUGUAACUGAACCUUUUAAUCACCUGAUCAUGAACACAAAAUUUAGCACUUUCAUGCAUUUCUUUAAAACUUUAUUCAAUGUCUAUUCAACAGAGGUGUGAAAUAUGAGGAAACUUAAGGUGAUAAUUAGCUUGUAUCAGUGUCCUAUGGCUGAUAUUCUGAGUGAUAACAUCAUGACUGACUAUAAUAAAGCGAACUUUCAUGAUAACUGGAAUUUAAGGUAUUGAUGAAAUUGUCAGUAAAUCAAGAUAUUUUUAAAGAAUAUAUAACAAUCGGGAGCCUAAUUGAGCUUCAAACUGAGGACAUCUAGACAUCUUGUCUAUCUCCCUGGUCAAUCCUGUGAAGGCUUACUGGACUUGUGAUUUCUAAAUCAACUUUUAAAAGGUGUAAAAUCAUUGUAAAGGUAAACCAGUUUUCAUAUGUAGAUGUAAAUCUUUGUUGAUUGUAAAGUUAAGUCUUAGAUCAUAAGUCUGGGAUCAUUUGUAGGUGUAAAAUCAAGAUCAUUGUAUGGGUAAGUCUGUAGGUGUAAAAUCGAGAUCAUUGUAUAAGUAAGUCUGUAGGUGUAAAAUCGAGAUCAUUGUAUGGGUAAGUCUGUAGGUGUAAAAUCAAUAUCAUUGUAUGGGUAAGUCUGUAGGUGUAAAAUCGAGAUCAUUGUAUGGGUAAGUCUGUAGGUGUUAAAUCAAGAUCAUUGUAUGGGUAAGUCUGUAGGUGUAAAAUCGAGAUCAUUGUAUGGGUAAGUCUGGGAUCAUUUGUAGAUGUAAAUCUUUAUUGAUUGUAAAGGUAAGUCUUGGAUCAAGGUAAGUCUUGGAUCUUAAGUCUGGGAUCAUUUGUAGGUGUAAAAUCGAGAUCAUUGUAUGGGUAAGUCUGGGAUCAUUUGUAGGUCUAAAAUCGAGAUCAUUGUAUGGGUAAGUCUGUAGGUGUAAAAUCGAGAUCAUUGUAUGGGUAAGUCUGUAGGUGUAAAAUCAAUAUCAUUGUAUGGGUAAGUCUGUAGGUGUAAAAUCGAGAUCAUUGUAUGGGUAAGUCUGUAGGUGUAAAAUCGAGAUCAUUGUAUGGGUAAGUCUGUAGGUGUAAAAUCAAUAUCAUUGUAUGGGUAAGUCUGUAGGUGUAAAAUCGAGAUCAUUGUAUGGGUAAGUCUGUAGGUGUAAAAUCAAUAUCAUUGUAUGGGUAAGUCUGUAGGUGUUAAAUCAAGAUCAUUGUACGGGUAAGUCUGUAGGUGUAAAAUCAAGAUCAUUGUACGGGUAAGUCUGGGAUCAUUUGUAGGUGUAAUAUCAAGAUCAUGGUGCGGGUAAGUCUGUAGGUGUAAAAUCAAGAUCAUUGUACGGGUAAGUCUGGGAUCAUUUGUAGGUGUAAAAUCGAGAUCAUGGUGCGGGUAAGUCUGUAGGUGUAAAAUCGAGAUCAUUGUACGGGCUAGUCAGGGAUCAUUGGUAGGUGUAAAAUCGUGACUGUUGUCAAGGUAGGCUGAGGAUACUGUGAAAUCUUAAGGAUCUCGAGAGAAGCAAUCUCAAACAAUCUGUUAUAGGUCAAAGUUGACAGGUAUGCUAGUUACAUGUUCUACAGUGAAUCUUGUCUAAACUGAUCACAGAGUAUUCUGACAUUCUGUGUAAUCUAAGUUAAAGUGUAUAUUUAGAAACACCAUCUACUGCAUAAUUUUGCAAUAUAUAUAUAUAUUUGAUGAACAUAGAAAUGUUGUCUGUUACACAAUCAUGUUAUAGAUCUUAAUUCUUUUUUGCAUAAUUAUAUGCAGGAGCUAUUCAUUGGACAAUUUUUAUGGCAGAUGUAUUGUGUUAUGUACUGUAAUAAAAAUAUUGUCUGUUGAUUAAAUUGAUUUCAAUGAAAUCUACAUCAAGAUAAA